GCGGGGGGGAGUGGGGGUGGGGGAGCCUUAGCCUGUGAAUUACCUUAGCUACCCAGAAGCUUAAGGCAGACUGUUCGGUAAUUUAAGCCUGGGUUUGUGGAGAAGCUGACUAAACAAAAGAAACAGGAAAAGGAAAGAAAAAAAAAAAAAGGGGGGGGGCUUUAAUCUUGAACUGCUUUCCGGUGAGUGUUAGUUAACUGGAAACAUCGGGCCUUAAACUGCGUUUGGAUCUACCAAAAUACAGCUUUGGAUACAGUGGGUUAAACCUCACCUUGAAAGCGGUUCUUUGGCGACUCGGUGGCUGACAAAGGGGAAUUUCCGGUGUGCUGCUAAUUUACAUGAUACAGUUCUCAAGUCUGGAAUAAUUUUGUGAGUGAGAAGAUUUCUUGAUUACAUCAGUGCUUCAAGAUACAAAGAAUAGUAUUCAGAGUAACCUUGAAGAUCUUUUGAAGUCACUAAAAAUCUGAUAACAGAGAGCCAUAAUGGCAGCCAUAGGAGAUGGACCACAUUUGGAGGAAGAUCAGACAGAUGCAAAAUCUAUUCCUGCUUCUAAAGGAAAGAACCUACCUGCUAGCAAGUCUAUGGACUCUGGAAUUCUGCCAGACUACAGUUACAGAAUGGAUUAUCCGGAGAUGGGGGAAUGUGUAAUAAUAAACAAUAAGAACUUCCACAGACAGACCGGGAUGUUACCCCGUUCAGGUACAGAUGCGGAUGCUGCAAGUGUUAGAGAAGUUUUUAUGAAGUUGGGAUAUAAAAUAAAGAUCAACAAUGAUCUUGCAUGCAAGGACAUUUUAAAACUAUUGAAAAAUGUUUCUGAAGAAGAUCACAGCAAGCGGAGCAGUUUUGUUUGUGUGUUGCUAAGCCAUGGUGAUGAAGGAUUAAUCUAUGGCACAGAUGGCCCUCUUGAACUGAAAGCACUCACAAGCCUUUUCAGAGGUGACAAGUGCAGAAGUUUAGCAGGAAAACCCAAGCUGUUUUUCAUUCAGGCUUGUAGAGGGACAGAAUUAGAUUCUGGUAUUGAGGCAGAUAGUGGAUCAGAAGAAUCAAUGUGCCAAAAAAUACCUGUAGAAGCAGACUUUCUGUAUGCAUAUUCUACAGCUCCAGGCUAUUACUCCUGGAGGAAUUCAGCUGAAGGUUCCUGGUUUAUUCAGUCACUGUGUAAAACGCUGAAGGAACAUGCAAGGAAGCUUGAACUCAUGCAGAUUUUAACUCGUGUAAAUCGCAGAGUGGCAGAGUAUGAGUCUUGCUCAACUCGGCAGGAUUUUAAUGCAAAGAAACAGAUUCCAUGCAUUGUCUCUAUGCUUACCAAAGAAUUUUACUUCCCUUCCUAAAAGAAUUUCUCCAUUCAUGUUUUUAUCUGCAAUCUAUACGCAAUGUUAGUAUGGAAUACCACUUUUAAAUCUGAAUUACGGUUCACUACUGUGUGUGGCAUAAUGAACUGUCUCAAAGGUAGAUAUGUCCAUUAUUAGAAGUAAAACAUAGUAUGGCUAUGUUAGAAACACAAACUUGCUUAGCUGAAGCACAGGCACAUCUGAAAGCAGUCCUCUGAGUAUCUUAAAAUUAGGAAGAGGAAGCUGAAGAAGGAUGAAAUCACUUGUCAGAUCUAUGUGGUGCUACAUUUCACUUUGCUGAUGGGGCAGAGUAAAAAAAAACAGUUCUUGUAACUAGUUUGGUUUCAUAUCUUUGCCAAUAAGAAGAAGAUUCAGAAUGUGAUAUGCUUACUAAUGAUGGUAAUAUGAUAGUAGUGUUGUCAAACAUUUCUUCUUAACUCAAGUUCUUAAAGUUUAGGUUAUAAAUAACCUAAACAGUUUUUAUAACUUAGGGCAUAUAUGGUGGGAAACAGCCAUUUAAUUUUUUAUAUACAAUUAGGAAGCAUCUUUAGAAUACAGUCAAUUUUUUCCUGAUCAUUUUAUAACUUUUUGUAGGGAGUAUUAGGUACAGCAAUCAUAUCAACACGGUAGCUGUUUCAAAAUAAAUUUUGUAUUCUGACCUUGAAGCUGAGUGACAUAAGGGACCACUUUUCCAAAAUUUAUUUUUCUGCGGGUCCCUAAGAGAAGGGAGUUGCUGGGGCAUGUUUUGGUCUGUAAGAAUCAGUGCAAAAGGAAUUCUACAUUCUGAAUAGUCUGCUUUCCUCUUUUGGGCCAUAAAUAAGAGUGGGUUUCCUUUGUUCUAUAUGCAUGCCACAUUUAAUCUGUGUGGAAGCCUAGAUUUGUGGUACUGGAGAAAUUUCACUUCUUAACUCUAAUAUCAAUUUGAGUUAAUUACAAGACUUUAGCUAAAAAUACGUUGACAAAUAGGAAAUGUAUAUUUCAUGACUGAAUACUGUGGAACAGGCUUUUACAAAAUUGUAAAACAUUUUUGUUGAUAUUUCCGCUUGUGGCAGUCUUUUUAAGAUGAGAGGAAGACAGAACAAUAAAUUACUACAGGGUGCUUGUAAAACAAGACUUAAAACUCUUUAAAUUGUGAAGCCUAAGGAAUGUUAGCAAAUUGAUGUUCACUUUCAGAAGCAUUUGAGGUUUUCUUAAAUUAAAUACUGUUUUCUAAAUUGUA